AUGGCGUCGCGGAAAGGGGGGAUGGCGAGGCGGGAAGGGGAUAUGGCGUGGCGGGAAGGGGAGAUGUCGUGGCGGGAAGGGGAUAUGGCGUGGCGGGAUGGGGAUAUGGCGUGGCGGGAAGGGGAUAUGGCGUGGCGGGAAGGGGAUAUGGCGUGGCGGGAAGGGGAUAUGGCGUGGCUGGAAGGGGAUAUGGCGUGGCGGGAAGGGGAUAUGGCGUGGCGGGAAGGGGAUAUGGCGUGGCGGGAAGGGGAUAUGGCGUGGCGGGAAGGGGAUAUGGCGUGGCGGGAUGGGGAUAUGGCGUGGCGGGAAGGGGAUAUGGCGUGGCGGGAAGGGGAUAUGGCGUGGCGGGAAGGGGAUAUGGCGUGGCGGGAAGGGGAUAUGGCGUGGCGGGAAGGGGAUAUGGCGUGGCGGGAAGGGGAUAUGGCGUGGCGGGAAGGGGAUAUGGCGUGGCGGGAAGGGGAUAUGGCGUGGCGGGAAGGGGAUAUGGCGUGGCGGGAAGGGGAUAUGGCGUGGCGGGAAGGGGAUAUGGCGUGGCGGGAAGGGGACAUGGCGUGGCGGGAAGGGGAUAUGGCGUGGCGGGAAGGGGAUAUGGCGUGGCGGGAAGGGGAUAUGGCGUGGCGGGAAGGGGAUAUGGCGUGGCGGGAAGGGGAUAUGGCGUGGCGGGAAGGGGAUAUGGCGUGGCGGGAAGGGGAUAUGGCGUGGCGGGAAGGGGAUAUGGCGUGGCGGGAAGGGGAUAUGGCGUGGCGGUGGUCGCGGCGGGCCCGCGAGAGGAGGCGUGGGGCCCGUCCGAUGAACCGAGCCAGUAUGGAGGCAUUUUCGCAGCCACGAAUGGGUAUAAAUUAG